AUGGAUGACCUUUAUGAUGAGUUUGGUAAUUACAUCGGUGAGGUUGCAGAAUCCGAUGAAGAGCUUCAACAUGAAGACAUCAAGCCGCAGACCUUCAACUACGACGAAGCUUUUGGUGCAGAUGAUGAUGAGGAGGCGAUUCAGCAGGAAUUGAUGGAAGUGGAUGGCCCAUCCAACGCCGUUAUCCUACACGAAGAUAAGCAGUACUAUCCGAGCGCGCAACAAAUAUAUGGUGAAAAUGUCGAGACAUUGGUUCAGGAAGAGGAUUCACAACCACUUUCCGAACCUAUAAUUGCCCCUGUCACCCAAAAGAAAUUCUCUAUUGAAGAGAGCGACCUCCCUCCAGUCUUCUACUCGCGCGAGUUCAUGACAGACCUGCUUAACUUUCCUGAACAAACAAGAAAUGUCGCAUUAGUGGGCCAUCUUCACCACGGGAAAACAGCAUUUAUGGACAUGCUUGUCAUGCAGACACAUGAUUUGGCCGAGCGGUUUGAUAAGAAGACAGGAAGAAAAAGAGAGGAACAGCUUCGUUAUACUGAUACUCACCACUUGGAAAGAGAGCGAGGUCUCUCCAUUAAGUCGGCACCUAUGAGUAUGGUACUUCAAAGUUCGAAAGGGAAAUCGCACCUGUUCAAUAUCAUCGAUACUCCAGGACAUGUGAAUUUUGUAGAUGAGGUAGCUGCCUCAUCUCGAUUGGUUGAUGGUGUUGUUCUCAUCAUUGAUGUUGUGGAGGGCGUGCAGGCAAAUACCGAACAGAUCAUCAAACACGCAAUUCUGGAGGAUCUCCCUUUAACAAUGGUGGUGAACAAGAUGGACAGACUGAUUCUGGAGCUGAAAAUACCACCGAACGACGCCUACUUCAAAUUGAAACAUGUUAUCGAGGAGGUUAACACAAUUAUUGAGAGUGUUAUACCCGGACACGGAGAGAAACGACGGUUGAGCCCCGAGAAAGGAAAUGUCGCUUUUGCUUGUGCUUCAAUGAAAUGGUGCUUCACUCUGCAGUCGUUCGCAAAGAUGUACGCCGGUAAUUACCCUAAGAUCGAAACGGCGGACUUUGCUUUACGCCUUUGGGGUGAUAUUUUCUUCAACCCGAAGAGUCGAAAGUUCACUCGGAAAGGAAUCGAAGAGAAUUCCAAACGGACUUUCGUAAAGUUCGUCUUGGAGCCCAUUUACAAGCUUUACUCGCACACUCUCAGCGAAAGCCCUGAAGAUUUAAAAGAAACGCUUGCUAGCGUAGGCAUCAGCUUGAAGCCGUCACAGCUCAAAUCAGAUGCGAAGGUGCUGCUCGACCUGGUAUGCGAACAGUUCUUUGGACAUGCCGGGGGGUUCGUGGACAUGGUUUUACAACACAUACCCUCCCCAGUAGAGGGUGCGAAGCGUGCUUUGGACCGAUAUUAUACUGGUCCUUUGGACACCAAAGUCGCAACCGCAAUGGUCAAGUGCGAUAUGGAUGGCCCCCUGAUUGUCCUUGUCACAAAACUUUUAGCAAAUACGGAUGCUUCGCGGUUUAAUGCCCUUGGAAGAAUAUUGAGUGGGACUGCCCGACCGGGCCAGCAAGUUCGAGUGCUCGGAGAGGGAUAUACACCUGAUGACGAAGAAGACAUGGUCCAUGCUACUAUUUCAGACACAUGGAUCGCCGAAUCUCGAUACAACAUUCCAACCAGCGGUGUUACUGCCGGGAAUUUGGUUCUUCUCGGGGGCGUGGAUAAUUCUAUCGUCAAAACGGCAACUCUGGCAUCCACCAAAUUUGAAGAUGACGAGGAGGCACAUAUUUUCAAACCGAUUCGGCAUAUGACCGAAUCCGUUUUCAAGAUCGCAGUUGAGCCAGUCAACCCGUCCGAGCUUCCUAAAAUGCUGGAAGGUCUUCGCAAAGUUAACAAAAGUUACCCUCUCAUUUCAACCAAGGUAGAGGAGUCAGGAGAACAUGUAGUCCUGGGGACAGGGGAGCUCUAUAUGGAUUGUGUGCUUCAUGACCUUCGCAGGUUGUUCUCCGAAAUGGAAAUUAAGGUCUCAGACCCCGUCACUCGUUUCUGCGAGACAGUUGUUGAGACGUCGGCUAUCAUGUGCUAUUCAAUCACUCCGAACAAACUGAACAAGGUCACAAUGAUUGCCGAGCCUCUUGAUGAUGGAAUAUCUGAGGAUAUCGAGAGCGGUAGAAUUAGUAUCAAGGAGCCGAUACGCAAAGUGGCCAGGUUUUUCGAAGAACGGUAUGAUUGGGAUAAACUUGCUGCGAGAAGUAUAUGGGCCUUUGGUCCGGAUGAGAUGGGACCAAACAUUUUACAAGAUGAUACUUUGCCUUCGCAAGUGGAUAAAAAGCUACUUGGGAGCGUCAGAGACUCCAUAACUCAGGGCUUUAGUUGGGGCACACGGGAAGGUCCCUUGUGUGAAGAACCAAUUCGAAAUGCGAAGUUCAGGCUCACUGAUAUUUCCUUGGCCGAUCAAGCCAUAUACAGAGGAGGCGGCCAGAUAAUUCCGACUGCUAGACGAGCCAUAUACUCAUCUUUUUUGAUGGCCUCCCCUCGCCUGAUGGAGCCGAUAUAUUCCUGCUCGAUGACGGGGCCUGCAGAUGCUGUCGCAUCCGUGUAUACCGUCCUAUCACGAAGGAGAGGCCAUGUCCUUUCCGAUGGGCCCAUUGCAGGAACUCCCCUGUAUUCGGUCCGCGGCUUGAUUCCAGUCAUAGAUUCGUUUGGCUUCGAGACGGAUCUUCGGAUCCAUACUCAGGGACAGGCAGCUGUCAGUCUUGUCUUUGAUAAGUGGAGUGUAGUUCCCGGAGACCCGUUGGACCGCGAAGUGAAGCUAAAGCCACUGGAGAUGGCGCCCGCAAUGGCGACGGCCCGCGAUUUUGUUUUGAAGACGAGAAGGCGAAAAGGCUUGGCCGAGGAUGUAACUGUUAGCAAAUUUUUGGAGCCGGAGCUUUGGAAAGGCCUGAAAGAGAGUGGCGUUUUAGAUUCUUGA